AAAAAAAACACUCUGUUGAAAACCGAGACGUGAAGCGAAGCGGAGGGUAGAAAUUCACCCGGCGCCGGGGCCAGCGAAUACAACAAAGCCUCCCGUAAAAGUGACUGAGAGAGCAAUUAUCAGCGUCCAGCCACUGAGUGAACGGACUCGGCGUUAUCGGCCCGUGUGUCGCAGACAAAAAGCGCAGAUGGACACCAGGAGCACCACUGAAGAGAAACCUGUCCAGCGAUCUAAGUCCUUCAGCUUUAAAACCCAAAAGGAAGUGUGUUCAUCAUGUGAGAAGACGGUCUACCCAAUGGAGAGAUUGGUUGCCAACAACCAGGUCUUCCAUUCAACAUGCUUCUGCUGCAAACACUGCAACGCCAAACUCAGCCUUGGCACCUUCGCAGCUCUUCAAGGCGAAUUUUACUGCAAACCCCACUUUAAGCAGCUGUUCAAGAGCAAAGGCAACUAUGACGAGGGCUUCGGACGCAAACAGCACAAAGAGCUCUGGGCCUCCAAGGAGACAGAUAAUACAACAAACACGGCAUAAUCGUGUCUGCCUGUGUCCCAUCACAGCCCUGCCUCUUCCUUUUCCUCCUCCUAACACCUCCAAUACAUCACGAUGAACGCAUGCCUCUUAUGCUGGGGCACUGUUAAAUCACCCACGCGCUCACUUGCUUUUGAAAUUCCAUCAGAACAGGUACAUGCACAAACAGCUAGAAAUGACUGGCCAGUCAUAAUCAUACCACUUAAAUUAAUUUUGGGGGAAUAUACUUUAGGUUUGAUUCUGUUGAUAUCUGUGUUUUCUUAAUUUUAUUUUCCUCUUUGGAAUUGGUAGUUGAUUGUGACCAAAACCCUCCUCUGGUAUGUGGAGUGUAAUAAUAAAUUUACUUUAAUUUUGCUUUUUAAAAUACUUUUUAAUCAUUUGCACCCUUUCUUUUUUGAAUAAGUAACUGUAUGCUCAGGCAGACAUAUCAGAGGGGUAACAGAGCAUCCGUGUUUUGCAGUAGAGCAUACACUCAGGUCAGUUUACACCCAAGGAUUCUACAAAAUCCUGCAUAGUUUCACUCAUUUUUAACACAACACAAAUCAAAAUAAUAGUCCUCGGUAUUGUGACUUUGCUGUCAGUUUGUCAGGUUUCAUAUAUUUGAGGAACAAACAGGGUACAGAGUACUGUAAAAUAACCGCACACAUCAGCAACAGCUCACCUCUCGUGUUUUAAUUUUUGUGUUUGCUAUCGUUGCUUCAUCCCAUGGUUUGUUGUCAUUUUAUUGACCACUUUAAGUCGUAUCCUUGCAUGUCGGGAUGAGUGGGUCUUAAUAGCCUUAUCUUAUGACUGUAUCGAUCUUUCGUGUCGUGGAUGAUUUUGUUUGUUUCAUUGAUGCAUAGGAAACCACUUUUUAAAAGUUUUCAGAAGCACUUGAGUUUGGAUUUGAUUGAUGUCAUGGCAUAAGUUGAUCCUCUCAGAGCUUUUACGGUGAAAUAUAAAUGGAAUUCUCAGAUUGUGUUUUGUAUACUAUCUGUACAUAGAGCUGUAGUUUGUGACUAGUGAACAUUCCCCAGCAUACCGUACUUUCGUCUUGCACAUGACCACGCACGAUCACCAGACCAGAUGUUGAUAAUCACCAGGAAACUGAGGCCUCGUUCAUCAACAUCUCUCACUCAUGUGAAACAUUUAAAGAAGAGCUGUAAAUGUUUGGGUGAGUUGAUUACACAUGUUUUUGUGUCAUAAAUGAGGAUGUUGAUGGACAGAGCUUACGCCUUGCUGGAAAUAACACAGUUUUGUUCCUUUGUCAUUUUACACUUGUCAGUUGUUGGCGUCUUGUGAUGAGUUUUCCCCUGCUGUAUUUGAGUGUGUUCAUAUAACUGGACAGUUUUUAUUGGGACGUAGCCAGAUCCAAUCCAAUCACAGCGUCUUGAACAUCCAUUAUUUGUUUCCCCCCAGUCUCAUCCAGUACGUGUGGACAGGUUUCCUUUUUAGAUAAAUGCCUUCCUGUUCUCAUCUCCUGUCUUAUUAGCUAAAUACAUCUUAACACCUGGACCUAUUUCUCAAUAUUGAAUUUACUGUAGUUGUCUGAUGGAGGGUUUGUCACAGUAUUGGUCCCCUGAUGUGCUCCUGCAUGUUGCAUGCUAAACCCAGUGCAGAGCACCCCCUGCUGGGGAAAGUGUGAAAGGAAGAAAAACUAAGUUGCCCGUGAACUCAACGUAGCCUUCAUUCAAAGUUUUGGAAUACGUUGCCUCGGUCUGCAGCGCAGCUGCUGCGCUCCAGCCACUUUUUAUCUUAUUUAAUUCCAACACCUAAGAGAAAUUAAUCCAGUUAGACAAGAUUUUCACCUCUAUAUUUCAUUCUACACAAAGAAUGAGUCGAAAGCCAUUCAAAUAUCUUGUUUUAGAAAACGUCUGAAUCCCGCUGAGACUUGACUGACACUUGAAUGACACAAAGUCCUUUUUGUGACUGAAGGUUUACUGUGAAUUUGAGCAUGCUGUGCAUAAUAGAAAGCUAAACUCAAGCAGAUGGAUAUUUGCCACUUUUUUUCAAAAGAGAAGCCUUAGAAAUAAAUAGCUGACCUUUAUUGAUUUUUUCAAACAAGAGCUUGGAGUGCACAGAUCUUUAGAAAUCUUCUGAUCAUGCCUUUUCAAAACCAGACCUGCUUACUUUAGAACCCCACUCUUAAACGUAGGACUACUUAACUCAACCAGCAGACAUGUCUCCUAUCUAACCAACUUUUUAUCCACAAAUGUACAAUAAUUCUAAUUCUACUGUGUGUGACAAUGUAUAUUUUAUAUUUUCCUCUUUUUUUUAUUUGACAAUGGUCCUCCGGAUCCCUGAGAAUGCUUUAAAAUCAAGAGUAUUGUAUCUAAAAAUGCUGUCUUUGUCACUCUCCGUUAGCAGUUCGCCAAGGUACAACUGCAGAAUCUGUGAUUUGCAACUUCUAGGUUUAACAGAGCAGACAAGGUACACUUUACACUGGUGCCAAGUGGCUCAGGUGAAUGAUUGCAGUGUAACGUUUUAAACCUGUGAGUCAUUUCAUUUUUGUGCUACACUUGAUGUGGACUUACUUUUCAAUGCUGUUGUCAUCGAGACAUUUUAAAUGUAUGCAUCUUUGAAAAUGUAUUCUAUAUUACAGACUUGACCUGUGGAUUGAGGUGGCCUUACAGCAAAAGAACGCAUAGACUGUUUAUGCAGUCUUUGUCCUCUAUUCUCCCUUCUCUCUAUUGCUUAGUGGUGGUAUGGAAAUUUUAAAAUGUAAGCGCCCCCUUUCUACGCCAAUAUAGUACACAAUCAUUUUGUGCAUUUUCUUGUUUUUAUUUUUAUUUUUUACAUGCUUUUGGAGAAAAAAUAAAAUGCUGGUGUUGAUUUAA